ACGUUACGAGGACCAGUUGGUCCGGAAUUGUGCUCGCAACUAGUCGUUUCUGAACUUGAGCUCCCGACUUCCGCGGAAAAAAGAAGCUCACUAACGGAUUCAAUCUGUGAUAAAACCGCUAAAGCGAUUGUGGCUCGAAGAGGGAUGCAACACCCGUGAAACCAACAACGUUGGACGUUGUUGAAGCGACCUUAUCGACACUCUUCAGAAUGGGACAAGUGAAUGAAAAGAUGCGAUAAAAUUAAGUUGAGUGGAAUGAACCAACGGAAUCAUUUGACCUGAUUGCCGGAGAAAAGGCCAACAAACAAGUGCAUAGAACGGAUAGUGAGUGUUGUAGGAAAUGAAGACAAGUGGUAUUUUGCUCUGAUGCUUUUUUUUGAUAAUAUUUCAAGUUGGUGAAUAAUGAUGUUUUAAAGUGUGCACUUAAAAAACAAAAGAAAAUUUCAUUAUAAUCUUGUGGAAAGAGAUCUCUGAGCUACGACAGUUCUAUAAUACCACAAUACCGAAAGUGAGAAGAAACACAAUUAUAAAAUUAUAGUUCUUUUGCCACAUGGUGAAAACAUAUUAGUUCAAAUUAUCUCUGCAUUCAACGCUUCGCUUAGACGACGAUGACGACGUGAUGCCGAGACGAGUAGAUUUCUAGCUUGAAUAGAAUAUACCUAUGUACAGAAGACAGCAUAGUGCGACCGAAACAAAAAGCCACCGACGAAAGGAUUACGUGGGAGCUGAUUCUUGAGGAGACUGAAAAGUGAAAUUCUUCCAUCGUCGUCGUUGUAGGGGACCAGAGACCCCUAAUUCCAGCAGACGUCCUUCAUCUCAACGGAUGUUGCUACUGUGUGCUUCCUGAUAGUGGUAGACCGAGUGAGAAUUAAUGCCUCAUUCCGGGUGUACGGAAGUUUCACUGAACCACUCUGGCACAAAAGCACCGGAACCUUGUGUAUGUGUGCAGCCUUGAUGUUCAACUUGUUGCUUGAAGAAAGAAUGUCGACGUUCGGAAUGUAAGUGAAAAGACACCAGGGAUGUAAAACCACGCUACAGUAUAGGGAAACCGGUGUGAUAGUAGUACACACAGUGAGAAUAUGAAAAGUUAACAGUUUUGGAUGGAACAAGGCAACGAAUGGUACCUCAAGGUGAUUUCAUACAGAAAGCAGAAGGAUAGGAAACAUACGCAGAAACAGCAAGGACCAGAAAAACGUGCCCGUGGUAAAUAAGCUACCACGAUAAGCCGCAACGAUGAACAAAAACUAGAUCUACUGUAACAGAAAAUUUAUGGUAGCGUCAUGUCCCACGACUGAAACAAUCGAUAUGUCAAUUGAUGCUGCGGUAGUUGCUGGUGCUGGUGAUAUCUCUAAUGUCCUCAGUCGAUUAUCGUCUUCCGUUUCUGGUGCCGGAGGAUCUGGUUCAACACUGGCUGCCAUUGGAGACGCCGCCGCUGCCGGUGGAGGCGAACGAAUGCUGUAUUACUUCGAUGGGAGCGAUGAUGACAGCGCCGCGACUAAGCAACAAUUUCACAGCCUCCAGCACCAGCAGAGGGCACUUUUGCUGGGCGACAAUAUCACAACCUCCACAAUGUACUCCUCGCUGGACCCCGGCAUUUACAAUCCGAUAGAGGCGGAAAAUGAGACUGACUUCCUCUAUAUCAACGGACCAAGCAGUAGUUAUGGUUAUACGGAAGGCCACAAUGGCACCCUGCCGUACGGCGACGACUACUAUCAGAGCUGUAUGGGAAUGUACGGUAACGUUUCCUAUCUGAACGUGUCCUGUGAAACAAUCCUCAACUACAGUAUACCACUCUACGGGUACUGUACUCCCAUCUUCAUCCUAAUAACACUGACUGCCAACUCGCUGAUCGUGAUUGUCCUCAGCAAACGCAGCAUGGCGUCGCCGACCAACUUUGUGCUGAUGGCGAUGGCUCUUUGCGAUAUGUUUACCCUGAUAUUCCCGGCGCCUGGCCUGCUGUACAUGUACACGUUUGGCAAUCACUACAAGCCAUUAUCGCCGAUUACCGCCUGCUACGUGUGGAACGCACUCAACGAGCACUUACCGGCAAUGUUCCACACCGCCUCAGUUUGGUUAACGUUGGCACUGGCAGUACAACGGUACGUCUACGUUUGCCACGCUCCCAUAGCACGAACCUGGUGCACAAUACCUCGGGUGAAAAAGUGUAUCGCUUACAUCUGUAUAGCAGCACUAAUCCAUCAGAGCACUCGAUUUUUCGAUAAAUCGUACAGCCUGGUGACAAUCGAAUGGAACGGCCAUUCAACGGAUGUUUGCCACACCGAGACCUCAAGCUGGGUGCACGACUACGUAGGCGAAGACGUGUACUAUACCUUCUAUUUUUCGUUCCGGAUAUUGUUCGUGCAUCUGAUACCGUGCGGGAGUUUGGUUGCACUGAACGUGCUGCUGUUCAAGGCAAUGCGCCAAGCCCAGCAGAAACGUGAACGCCUCUUCAAAGACACCGCCAAAAAGCGCGAAUGCAAGCGGGUCCGGGACUCCAACUGCACCACACUUAUGUUGAUAGUUGUGGUAACAGUUUUCCUCGUCGUGGAAAUACCGCUCGCUGUGAUUACGGCCUUACACAUCAUCUCCUCGCUUAUUUAUGAGUUCCUCGACUACUACAUAGCGAACCUGUUCAUCCUGUUUGCAAACUUUUUCCUCAUCGUUAGCUAUCCAAUCAAUUUUGCAAUCUACUGCGGGAUGUCGCGUCAGUUCCGCGAAACGUUCAAGGAAAUUUUCGUCAAAUCGAGCAAACAAAUACCCGGUGGCAAAAAGGACGUUGGCUCUUCGCGAUAUUCGUUGGUCAAUGGACCACGGACUUUUACUAAUGAAACGGUGCUGUAAUAGAAGAGCAUGUGUAUCACGACACAUUAAAAUCAUAAAAUGUUGGAAGGAUGCAUUGUUGUAAAAAUAGUAUCAAUUUCGAAAUCCAAUUUUAAAGAAAUAGUUCAUUUUCCCUCCUUGAAUGUUAUUUUUCGAGAUAUCACAAUCAGGGAAAUGGAAAAGCUAUUAUUAUCAAUUACGUCUGAGAGACGCACCAUAUGGCGACCAUUGUCUAAAUCGCGAACCGAGAUGGAAAACAAAUUUCAAGACGGAAAAGCUGACACUAAGUACAACUGUUACCCACCAAUCAUCAUUGAGAGUCAAAUACGUCCCCCGAAAAUCUAUCGAUUGUCAACAAGUGAAGAAGAUCAUACGGAAACGAGCCACGUCACGUCUUUCGUCAAUGUUCUUGGUGAACUUACCUUACAGCAUGACGAAGCUGAAAAGAGAUAAAACGUAGAAUUAACAGUCGUUAGUGAAUGAAAAGUAAUCUCAUUUGAAUAGGAAAUUCCGAGCCCAAUUUUCUAAUUCAAAUGACGACCCAAUGAUGCGUAAUAGCGGUAAUAGCACCAUAAUAAAAGAGAUAAGGGAGCAAUUCACAAUAAAGCUAUUUUUCCAACUCGCGUAAAAACAAGCAACGUGAAUCAAAUGAACCGUGAUUUUUCUUACGAAUGUGUAAUAUUCUAAUACAGUAGAGCAUAUUAUUUUAUUUAUCAUCGUAAUAUCAGUUCACACUCAUCGAUGACGACCAAAUGUUAAUGCAUUAAAACUGAUUACACCAUAACACAUUUUGGUUGUUGAAUUAUCAAGAGAGAGAACCGAGAUCCAAGCUGUAUGUGCAUACUAGAGACAAACAACGUAACUGUGAAAGCAAGGAGACAGACAUAAAAAAAACAGCUCUAGAAUCAUGCUACAAACCAAAUUUAUUUGAAAAGCGCCUCCUUCCAGCCCCAAAAGCUGAACAUACCACAAAAACAAACUGGGAAGAAAAAUCAACAACCGAAAAGCAUCGAGAAAGGAAUCUUUUGCAGGCACGAGAAUGCAUAACAUUCCCCAUGCUUUUCAGGCCACGCUUUUUGAAUUGCUAGCAAACAACACAACACAACAAAUCGGGACGGGAAACGAAGGAUGGAUGAACUAAUAGUCAGUUAUAGUAUAUAUAUUGUAGUUAUGUAGCUGAUGAGAUUAUUGAAUUUUAUUUUAACCACCGAUUACGGAACGGAAUAUUUUAGCUAAAACAUAAAACUAACAAAUUCACCAGAUUUAAGAAAAACCAUAAUAUAAAAAAAAAAUUCAACAAAUUCGGACUGUAUCAUUAAGUUUCAUUACUAAAUCGGAAUGUGCGAUGGAAUUUUUGAAAGUAGUAAAUGUUGAAUUGUGGAAGAGAAAAUCAAAUUAAAAUUUCUAUCUUGUUUUGUACUUGAUCUUGA